GCGAAUCGUCGUCACUUCAACUGCAACGACAACGAGCGAGAAGCAACUGUCAAACACACAAACACUCCGUCUCCCUCCUCUCGCUUGCUUGUCUGUCUGUUGUGUUGACGCCGCCAACCAUGGCUGAUGGCAGUGGGCUCAGCGAGUGGCACCCGGACCAGGAGAAGCUUGCAUACGUGUACAACUUGUUGGCAGACUCGCAGAACCCGGAGCGGCAAGAGGCUGCCAAACAUGACCUGGAAAACCUGUGUGAAUCGCCAGAGUUCUCCGUGUACCUGGCAUACAUCUUCACAUCCUCCGAAGAGGUGGACACAGCGGUUCGGGCAAGCGCCGGCUUGUUGCUCAAGAACAACAUCCUGAGGCGAGCAGAGACUGUAGAUGCGAGCGUUGUGGAGCUGCUCAAGGAGUCCAUCUUUCAGGCCCUUCUCAGUGAAUCCCACCUCAUCCGCACAACAGCCAGCAUCAUGAUUGCUGCCAUCGCUGUCAAGACGGGUGUCACACACUGGCCACAGCUCCUGCCCGCGCUCUUCCAGCUCAUUGAUUCAAACAACCCAGCAGCCCUGGACGGUGCUUUCACGGCACUGCGGCACGUCGUGGAAGACUGCCACCAAACCAUGACAGACAAGAGCGGCAAGGAGGCUGCAACGAGCAUCAUCACAAAGGCCAUGCACUUCUUUCAGCACGACGAAGAGCGUAUCCGUGCUGCGGCGUUACAAAUAUGCAAUCAGUUUAUCAUCAGUCCGUGCACCAGCCUGCUGGAGCUCCUUCCCACCUUCAUUCAGGGCAUCUUUGCGCUCGCUGCAGAUACGGAUCUGACGGUGCAGCGGCACGUGUGCGAGGCGCUGGUGAUGCUAUUUGAAGUGCGCCUGGACCAUAUCCUCCCACACGUCCUCCCACACAUUGACGACAUUGUGCAGUACAUUUUGAUGUGUUGCCAAAGCGAGGACACGGCGCUGGCACAGGAGGCUUGCGAGUUCUGGAUUGCCGUUGCCGAUGCAACAGAGAACGACUUUGUGUCGGCACACCUCGACAAGAUCCUGCCUGUGCUCUUGGACCGCAUGUGCUACACAGAGGACGACAUUGAGUGGCUCAAGACGGAGAUGCGUGACGAUGCUGAUGAACAGGACCGCGAACAGGACAUUCGCCCCCAUCACCACAAGACAAAAGCGCACACACAUGCACACAGCGACGUGCAGUCUGCUGUGAACGGCUUCAACGGAGCAACCGCGAGCGACGCAGAGGAUGACGAUGAUGACGAUGACGAUGAUGACCCGUUUCUCGGCGGCGCAGAACAAGAUGACCUGCAAUGGGGACUCAGGAGGAGUGCUGCUGCCGGGCUUGACUUGCUGGCGAACCGCUACCAUGACGCAAUCCUGCCCACAGUAGUGCCCCUGAUUGAAAGUCUUUUUCAGUCCUCCGAGUGGCCGCGUGUGGAGUCGGGCAUCCUGGCCCUCGGCGCCAUCGCAGAAGGCUGUAUGUCUGGCCUCUCCGGAUAUCUGCCCACCCUCAUCCCCUACCUCAUUGAUCUCCUUCAGAACGAGCAGCCGCUGAUUCGCUCGAUCACGUCGUGGACAAUGAGUCGGUACUGCCGGUGGGUGGUGACCGACCCCGAGGGGCAGAAGCUGUUUGACGACACAGUUAAGGCGCUCCUGCACACCGUCAACGACAGGAACAAGCGCGUGCAGCAGGCGGCGUGCUCGGCGUUUGCGCAACUGGAGGAAGUGGCGGAGGACAGACUUGAGCCACACCUCCCUCUCAUCAUCGACACCCUCAUGCACGCAUACAAAACUUACCAGCGAAAGAACAUGGUGGUCUUGUACGAUGCGAUUGGCACGUUGGCAGACAGCGUUGGCCCGGCACUCGCUCAUCCCGAGCUGGUGGAGCGACUGAUGCCGCCACUGCUUGAACGGUAUUCGCACCUCGCGGACGACGACACCGAACUGUUCGCGCUUCUCGAGUGCCUGACUGCUGUUGCUGGCGCGCUCGGAGAGGCGUAUCACCCGUUUGCCCCAGACAUCUUCCAGCACUGUGUCAAGCUCACACAACAGACGCUCGAGCAAGCACAGUUUGCCCACCAGGACCCGAGCAUUGAUUAUCCAAACCCAGACUUUUGUGUCGUCCCUGUCGAUCACAUCAGUGCCAUGGUUGAGGCGCUUCAGGAGCACAUGGGCCCUUUGAUCCAGCAGUCAAACCUCCUGGCGUUGCUCGAAGUGGCAAUGACGAACGACGUGCCUGAUGUGCGGCAGAGUGCGUUUGCGCUGCUGGGUGAUGUGAGCAAAGCGGCGUUCUGCCUUGUCCAGCCGCACCUAGACGACGUGUUUGCGCUCAUGGCGCAGAACAUGAACCCGGCCGAGGUUGCGGUCUGCAACAACGUCGUCUGGUGCAUCGGAGAAAUCGCCAUGCAGCUCAAGGGGCAGAUACAGCCGCUGCUUGAGCGCCACGACAUGUGCACGACGCUGAUCCAGCUUAUGACACGCCCAAUGACCGCCAAGACGCUGCUGGAAAACGUCGCCAUCACAAUUGGUCGCAUCAGCAUGUUCUGGCAGGAUGCUCUGGCGCAGCACCUGAGCGAGUAUCUGGCGCACUGGAGCAUGGCACUGCGUGACAUCACCGACAGCGAAGAGAAGGAGCACGCCUUCAUGGGCAUGUGUCAUCUCGUGAAGCGCAACCCAAACGGCGCACUUCGCACGUUUAUUUUCUUCUGCGACGCCAUCAAUUCCUUCCAGACUCCAUCUGACGACCUCCUCCACACGUUUCACGACUUAUUCGACGUGAACAGCAAAGUGAAUGUCGCCAUAUCCAAGUAG